AUGAUCGGCAGAGGAGUGUUCAUCCUGACAGCGCUGUCCACCUGCGUUCUAUCAUUGCCAGUGACUUCAAGUCAGCUGGAGAAUGAGGACGUGAAGGUGAUGAAAUGUGUUGUGGAGGCGCUGGCAGAUGUGUUAUCGAGGCCCCAACCCAUACCUGUCAGUCAGGAGUGUCUGGUCAUUCUGAAGACAGAUGACAGGCUUGUUACAAUCCUUCGCCAUCAUAACUUCCUGAAGGAGCUGCAGGAGAUCGCUGUUCAAGGUGACCAAGAAAGAGCUCAGCCGCAGACCGACGCUGCUUCACCUCUUGACCCCCCGACACCAAACCCUCAGGCUACAGAUGCUUCGGAUCGAUCCAUGCUGGAGGCUUUAGGAGGCCCCGGUGAAAGAUCCAUCCUCUCACAGAAGAAGAGGAGAGGAAAUAGGGACGGAGACAAAGGUGAAAGCCUGAGAGAUGGAGAGUCUCUGGAGGAGGAUGACAUCAUCGAUGAAAUGCAAGUAAAGAGGGAGGAUGACGAGAGCCCGGGAAGUCACAACUCUGAGUCUGCGGAAGAUCGGAGCGAGGGCAAGGCUGAAAAGAGAAAGGAAGAAGAGGAAGAAGAAGUGGAGGAGGGAAGUGAGGAGAAGAGAGGAAGUGAGGAGAAGAGAGGAAAUUCAGAGGAGGAAAAUAUGACCAUGGAUAGGAAAGAGAAGACGUCAGGUGAGAAGGGAGACAAAUGCAACUCAAAAGAGAAGAAGUCUGCUGAGAAGGACGAAAAGGAGAAAGACAAGAGAUCUUCAGAUUUCGCCCGGAAACACAAGGAGGAGAAGGAGGAGGAUGUGAAGAGAGGUAGCAGGGAGAACCUAAGGCGAUGGACCAAGAGGAGCAAGGGCUUGCAGCUGAAGAAAAAGGCCCACGGAGAGGAGGCGGAGGAGGGAGACAGUCAGCAGGAGGUGCCGCAUCAUUCUAAGGAGGUGCCCGACGAUGAUGAGGGGCAGAAGAAGAAGAAGAAGAAGAAAAGAGGCGGUCAGAAGAGUCCAGAGGAGAAGGAGCUGCAGAUGAUCUCCAGGCGGUCGCCGGAGGAGAAGGGUUUGGAGGAGGAGGGGAGCGCCAGCAGGAAGUCAGAGGAUCCUGAAAUUGAAAGCCUGGCAGCCAUCGAGUCAGAGCUUGAAAACGUCGCCCAGAAGCUCCACGAGCUGCGUCGAGGCUGA